ACGAACGCCAUUAAUAGAGGUCCUUAAGCACUCUACCAAUUUGACCCCCAACCCCAUCCGCCAUGUACCUAACUUCAGCGUAAACAAUUGGUUUUCGUUUGUUUCAUAUUGAUCUUUUCGUUUCGCUGUUGUUACAAAUUGCCAGUGACCCAAUAUCUUUUUUUUAUUUUAUUUAUUUUUUCUUUUAAUAUUUUUUUUAGUCGUUGUCGAUGUCAAUGUCGUUAAAUACGUGGGAGGCAGGGGUAAUUUUUUUCACGACACGGACCUAUCGCGAUGAAUGGCGAUGAUAUGAGGUAUAUGGUAUUGCUGGUAUGUAUAAAAUAAACAAUAAACAAUUUUUAUAUCACAAUCAAAGUCAGUUGCAAACUGCCGCUCGCCGAUCUCCUUCGCUGUGCUGACUUCAUAAUAACUUACUACAUAAUGUAAUACAUCAGGAUAUUUACUUCCGGCUAAAAUUGCUAAUUAACACUGACUGAUAAAGCCGCAUUUUGAUUUUGAUUAUCAUUUAUGAUAUUGAUAACAAAGAUAGCGGGAAAUCACAUGCAUUCAGUAUCGAUUAAGUAUUUGUUUAAGACAUACAAUGAAAACAAGUGUUAUUUUGUUAGUGCUUUGUGCGCUGGUGGGGAAAUCCAUGGGUGAUCUAAGAUGCUACGCUUGCUCGUUCUCAUCCGUGGACACUGACCGGUCGUGCGUGGAGGUGACCGAAGACACGCGAACCGUCGAGUGCCCCUACACAUACUGUACCAUUAUGCGGCAGGAGUUCGUGGAUCCUGUAGGAGAGAUCGCCAGUUUCAUCAGAGGCUGCGAGGAAACCCCUGAUUACCUCAACCACGACAUUUCCGACACCACAUUCCGCACUUAUUAUCGAGCGUGCACUAACGACCUUUGCAAUAUAGGUGAUGGAAUCCAGUCGGUGGUGGGAGGUAGCCUGUCACCGACGCCGGAAUAUGUGGGAGACAACCUACUCGUUCCUGGAACUGGCAGCGGAGCUUCGGCUAUUCAGAUUAGUUUCUUAUUGUUAUUCGUUCUCUUUGCCAUUACUGUUUAUAUUUAAUAAUUUAAGUAAUAAACAAGAAACAAGUAUGCAAUCU